GUCGAAGAAACGAAGAAGCCACCUACCGUGCUUGCUAUCACCUCGAUACACGUUUCACCAUAUCUACUCCAGCACCUGCAAGCACUAUCCAGUCGCACCGAGCACGACGGCGCCUGCACAGAAUCUAGUGACUGCCUCCGACCGCGACAACAGUGGCAGGCAACCGGUGAACAGACUUCAUCUGGAACGGGAAUAGAGCUGCCUCCACUGCGAAAUUGGUGGAUGGCGGCGGCGGCGUGAGGGCGACAGACAUCAUGAGCAAGCUAUUAACUACCAAACAGGCCGAAGAAUUACACAAGAGCAUUGUCGCCUACUUAAAUGUCACCGAACACCCGGAGGCUGCCCUGGCGGUGCGCGAGGCCCUCAAUGUGCCCGAAUCUGAAUUCUCCGCCGAAACGGCCAAAAAGUACGAAGGGCUGAUCGAAAAGAAAUGGACAUCUCUCGUGCGCAUGCAGAAGAAGAUCAUGGAUCUGGAGGAUCGAGUGAAGGUGCUGCAGCAUGAGCUGGACAAUGCUACGCCUUCAAGUCUGGCCGCGCGGAAGAACCACGACCCUCAGACGUGGCUGCCACGAGCACCAGCACGGCACACUCUGCAGAGUCACCGCAAUCCCAUCACAUGCGUUGCAUUCCAUCCGCUGUUCUCCAGUCUAGCAAGUGGCAGCGAAGACUGUACUAUCAAGAUAUGGGACUACGAGCUAGGCGAAUUGGAAAGAACGUUGAAAUCGCACACAAAGGCAGUGCUGGAUGUGGACUUUGGUGGUCCGCGAGGGAACACGCUUCUCGCGUCCUGUUCUUCAGACUUGACCAUUAAAUUAUGGGAUCCUGCCGAAGAUUACAAGAAUGUGCGCACGCUCCCUGGGCAUGACCACAGCGUGAGUUCAGUACGCUUCAUUCCCUCGGGCGCAGCAGGAGCGCCUCUUUCUGGCAAUCUUCUAGCAUCCGCGAGUCGAGACAAAACGAUACGGAUAUGGGACGUCACAACGGGAUAUUGUCUACGGACAUUGCGCGGGCAUGGCGACUGGGUGCGCUCUCUCGCCCCCACCUUUGAUGGAAGGUGGCUCCUGAGCACAAGUUCGGACCAGACGAGCAGGAUGUGGGAUUUGUCGCAACCUGAUUCAAAUGCCCUGAAGCAGACCUUUCUCGCUCACGAACAUGUGGUCGAAUGCUGCGCCUUUGCUCCACCUUCAGCAUAUCAGCACCUCGCCUCUUUGGCUGGGUUGAAAAAGCCACCAGCAGCAAGUUCGAGUGCCGAAUAUCUGGCGACAGGUGGUCGCGAUAAGCUUAUAAAGAUCCAUUCCGCGAAUGGAAUCGUCAUGAAGACACUGAGUGGGCAUGACAACUGGAUACGAUCUCUGGUCUUCCAUCCUGGAGGCAAGUAUCUGUUAUCGUGUUCAGAUGACAAGACGAUUAGAUGUUGGGACUUGGCACAGGAAGGAAAGUGCGUGAGAACUAUCGAAGCUGCUGAUCACUUCGUCAGUUGUCUGAGAUGGGCUCCGAGUGUGUACAAGGAGUCAUCUGAGACGAAUGGGUUGACGAAUGGGGCUGCGGCGAAGAAGGCCAUGGAAGAGGAGCAGAUUAGGUGUUUGAUCGCAAGUGGAAGCGUAGACCUCAAUGUGAGGGUCUGGUCUGCCUAGGUGUAAGUUGAAGAGUGAAGGACACCAACAUGUGAGGACCGAUCGACACGUGCAGCCAUUUCCUGCGGUCGAAGGGCAAGCAAGUCGUCGCAGAAGCUGCACGCCGACUGAGGCAAAACCAGCAAACAGCUAUAUCUAACCUAGUCGCUACCACAAGACUUGAUACCCAUGGCAUACUCUGCCAUGUACGAAUGAAACGUCUACUAUAAC